UAAUACGCAUACAGGUACAGUAUCUCACCGUGUUCUGUGCACAACGGAUUGUUUUUCGGCUUAAAAAACACUUUCUACGCGUGGUUUAUUGUAUGCCAACCGGAUGUAACUUGAUUCCUAUAAGCCAUCAAUUGCUGCUAGCCAUUCAUCUCAUUGCGGAUUGCUUAUAAUUUAAACACACCUUGCAGUAAAGCCACGCGGUACCACUUUUUAACAUCUCAGUUUAAAUCCUAAUUAACAACCGCAGAGAACCACAUUAAUUUUGCCGAGUGCUUUACAAGCAAAAUUAAUCAGCCUUUUACAACUGAUUUUUUUGCGCAAAAUGGGUCGAUUGAGCUUAUUAUUUGGAUUACUGGUAUCGGUUGGAAUAUGCACCGGAAAUCCUAUGCGGCAGAAGCGCAGUUGGGAUUCCAUAUGGGCAAAUUUCUUUGACUCCGCGGAUGCUUUGACAAAAAUAGCUCCUGAUGCGUCAAAGCUUGUCGCUCCACUGAAAGCCAACGCUAACGAAACGUUGGUGGACAUCACCUGCAAAUAUUCCGUGCACAACGUCAGAGAAUGCAUCGUUCCGGUCGCCUGUAGCGGAAGUCAGGUUUCUAAUUGUACGGAGACCGUUUCCGGGAAAACGACCAAGACCGACGGCAUUGUGAAGUACUUCCAGGAAUGCAUUUUUACGCAGUGGUUCGCCACUUGCACACACUAUAAAAACGGGUCAUAUGCCUGCCGUAUGGCAUGGCAGGGCCCCGAAGAUCGGAGAAGCAAAUGGGGACUGUAUGCUGGGGACGUUUAUACCGGCUUUUACGCCGUGGAUCCAAAAACCGGAUUGCGAGCCAUACCAUUACCAGGGGGGCGACAACAGCCUAACCGGCCUCAAGCCCCGCCCACAGACGAGGGGAAGCAACGGCAGCGCAGGGAAUUUGAAAUGCACGGAACGUGCUAAUUCCUGUGAUAUGUAUUUUUAUGCGAUUAUAAUAAUUAUUAUGUCGAGAUAGCGGCUGGUCAGAUAUGCGUACGUGGAGACGUGUAGAUAUCGGUAUCGAGUAAAAUUACAUAAAGGGCUGCAUCGGUGUUUGCUUUGGAAUACUUUUGUUUUGCUGUUUGCCAGCGCUUUCAUGUUCAACGUUUUUCGAUUUUCAGCUGCAAAGAAGUACUUUAAGAAAAGGAUUGAAUGGCUUUAUUGCCGACUAAUAAAAAUCACAACCUA